ACAAAGUUGCGUGAGGAAGGAGGAGGAGGCUUGUGUUCAUGUCAGUAUCAGCGCAAUCCUGUCAACAAACUUACACAGAGUGAGAUUCGUUACGUUCACUAAAUGGACAUCUCUUGACAGAAGACUUUUUAGUUGAGGGAAAACGCUUAUACUCAAGAAGCACAGACUCAAUGUCAUCUGAGCUCUGACCCCUGGAUCAUCCGCCCCAGUCCCAUAUAUCUGUCGAGUGGUGAAGUCAUGACUACCGUCAACAUUACCAGAGAUAUCCUGCACAGGCAGAUCAGGGACAAGAGGGCGUCAGGCUUCCAAAGGUCCUAUCAUGUGACCGACCCCUUCAUCAAGAGACUCGGGCUGGAAGCUGAGCUUCAGGGUCAUACAGGCUGUGUGAACUGUCUGGAGUGGAAUGAAAGAGGAGAUCUGCUGGCCUCGGGCUCAGAUGAUCAACAUGCCAUCAUUUGGGAUCCGUUCAAACACAAGAAGCUUACCACUAUGCACACGGGUCAUGCAGCAAAUAUAUUCUCUGUUAAGUUCCUCCCUCACUCCGGGGACAGAAUUUUGAUAACAGGCGCGGCCGACACGAAGGUCCAUGUGCACGACGUGACAGCGAAGGAAACCAUCCACAUGUUUUCUGAUCACACCAACCGAGUCAAACGCAUCGCCACGGCGCCCAUGUGGCCCAACACUUUCUGGAGUGCUGCGGAGGAUGGCAUCAUCAGACAGUAUGACCUGCGGGAGAACAGUAAACGCUCUGACGUGCUGAUUGACCUGACGGAGUUCUGUGGUCAGCUGGUUGAGGCCAAGUGUUUGGCUGUCAACCCGCGGGACAACAACUAUAUGGCAGUGGGAGCCAACGGUCCCUUUGUACGUCUCUAUGACAUCAGGAUGAUACACAACUACAGGAAAUCUGUGAGUCAGAGCACGUCUGCAGCUGUGCACACAUUCUGUGAUCGGCAGAAGCCAAUCCCAGACGGAGCCGGGCAGUAUUAUGUUGCAGGACACCUGCCAGUGAAACUCCCAGACUACAAUAACCGCCUGAGGGUCCUGGUGGCCACAUAUGUCACCUUCAGUCCAGAUGGCACAGAGCUGCUUGUGAACAUGGGAGGGGAGCAGGUGUAUCUGUUUGAUUUGACAUUUAAACAAAGGCCGUACACCUUCAUGAUUCCAAAAAAGUGCCAGUCAACAACUGCAGACGUGCAGAAUGGAAAGACGACCAAUGGCGUCUCCAAUGGAAUUAAUUUGCCAGCCAGCCGUAUUCGCUUUGCCCCAAGCAAGAUCCGCUCAAGUUCUUCUGAGCUCCCUCCUCACUUGGAGAAGAUAAAGCAGCAAGCUAAUGAUGCAUUUGCACAACAGCAAUGGACACAGGCCAUCCAGCUGUACAGUUUAAGCAUUCAUGAGGCCAGCGGCAACGCCAUGCUGUACGGAAACCGGGCUGCAGCCUACAUGAAACGAAAAUGGGAUGGGGACCAUUACGACGCCCUCAGAGACUGUCUGAAGGCUCUGACUCUAAACCCCGGCCACCUGAAAGCCCAUUUCAGACUGGCACGGUGUCUGUUCGAGCUGAAGUAUGUGACCGAGGCUCUGGAGUGUUUGGAAGAUUUCAAAGGAAAGUUUCCAGAGCAGGCACUAAGUAGUGCCUGUGACGCCUUGGAUAAAGAUAUCAAGGCGGCUCUCUCAACUAAGACAGAAUCAGCAGCUGAAGAUAAGAAGUCUAACAGCUCCAUACGAUUCCACUCGUACAGCAGGAAGGAGUCGAUCCCCGAAGACGAGCUGGUGCUGAGAGAGCGCAGCUACGACUACAAGCACAGAUACUGUGGUCACUGCAACACCACCACCGACAUCAAAGAGGCCAACUUCUUUGGAAGCAAAGGACAGUACAUUGUCAGUGGCUCAGACGACGGCUCCUUCUUUAUCUGGGAAAAGGAAACAACCAAUCUGGUGAGGAUCCUCCAGGGGGACGAGUCCAUAGUCAACUGCCUGCAGCCACACCCCAGCCACUGCUUCCUGGCCACAAGUGGUAUUGACCCUGUGGUUCGAUUAUGGAGCCCCAGACCAGAGACGGAGACUGAGAACGGGCGCGUGGUGGAGGACAUGGAAAGUGCUGCUCAGGCAAACCAGCGACGUAUGAACGCCGAUCCACUGGAGGUUAUGCUGCUCAACAUGGGCUAUCGCAUCACGGGCCUGCGUGGCGUUGGCCCAGAGGGCUCAGACGACGAAGACAGCUCAGAGGGACAGGUGCAGUGCCGGCCGAGCUAAGCGAACAGUCAACCCAUACUGCAGAAUGGACGUAGAAAGCAAAGCACUCUCCCAGCUCCUGUUUGAAUCUUUAUUUCCCCUCUACCUGACAGAAACAUUGAGUGAAUGUCAUGUCACAUCUCUGCACUAUGCAUUGCCCUUCCCUGUCCUGAGAUGGGACGGGUGGAGACCACUUUGGGGAGAGGGAUUCAUUGAGGGCUGAGAUGACACCCUCUCUCACCCCUUCAAAGCACCGACAACACCUCAGCCUCUCCCUCCACUCGCAGUGGCAGAGGGGGGGGCACCUUUGAGGAGAGCACCUUCCACUUCACUCCCAGUUCUCUCGCAGGAAGGAGGAGUUCAGCACUUAUCCCUCCUCGGGUUUAUGUUGGAGAGACACACAACAUGUCGAAGGAGAAGCCUGCGGCAGGGCGACCUAUUUUCCAGGUCAGAGCGGCCACACAGUCGCAGUGUCCUCCGUGGAGGAUCUGAUCGCUCACCAGAAGACGGUGCGCUCGGUGCAUCUCCUGCCUGCUCUUCUGUUGGAGCGAAGUCACAGUGCCCGCUCAUCUCAGAAAGGCUGCACUCAGUAUUCUGAGUGUUUUCCGUUGCAGUUUUGUUCACCGAAAGCCUAGAAUUACUUAGAAUCUCUGGGUUGUGUAAGUUGCUAGACUUGCUCCAUUAAAAUAUAUUUACAAGCUCUGUUUAGCUCCGAACUGUCGUAGACAAACAAGCGGUUUCUUCUGCCAAAGGUUGUCCAUCAUUUCAGCAGCCAAGGAUUAAUGUUUGUUUUCUCUGUUUCAUUGAAACACGAUUAUGUCACACUGUAGGUUUACUCCUUUUAGUUAAAAGGUUUUGCUACAAUAGGUUGUUGACAAGAGCAACAAGAUAUCAACAGACAUAUUUGUAUAAAAAAAAAAACACCUAACACAGUUUUUGUUUUAAAUUAAGUCACAUUGAUUGUUGAUUGUUUGUAAAUGUUAUUUGGCAUGAGGUGUCAUUGUGAAAUUCUGUUGGGUAUAAGUGGGACACAUGCUGAUUUUGUGAUACAGUAUACAGCAUUAAAAAUGUCACCUCACUUAAACCUUUCAAAUUCAGUGAUCACUAUUAAUGGACGGUGGGACCUAUUUUGGGGUUAUGAUCUAAUGUCAUAUUCUUUAUCAGUGACCAGGAAAAUUAUUUAAGAAAUGCUAAAAGGCUUUGUUGAAGAAAAGGCGGGCACACAACACGACAAUGACCAGCUGAUUCCUUAAGUAAGCGCCAAGUUGUCCAACCCUGUGGUGGAGUUUGAUGAGUGAAGUACAGCAGCACUCCUCAUCAAACAUCAGACACUGGAGGAGGUCAGCAGGGAGGGAGCAGGGGAGAGGACAUUGUACACUUUAAUAAUGAGAAACACUUCUGUACUUAGAAGUAUGGGAGGACAUACUAAGUGCCAGAAUAUUACUUACUUGAUGGGUUGGAAAAA